GUAGGCUUGAGCAGCGGUAAAAUCCCACAGGAGAUUAGAGUGGGAACACACGCUAGUCCGGACGCUUUAGAAAUGGCAGCCCUAGGAUAGAGCAACAGACAGGCAAAACAAACACAACAGUAAUGAGGAAUGGAUGAAUGUUGUCUCAUGGAAAACCUGCACGCUGUCUCUCUCUUUUUUUAACCCUCCUCAUUUUCUCUUUCUCUCCGUCUUCGACAAGCUCACUCUUCCCUUCCUCCCUCCCCUCCAUCCCUCCGCUCCGCUCCUCUCCCUUCCUCUCUCUCUCUCAUUCUCUCUUGCGCUCUCUCAGUGGAGGAAUGUAGAUAGAGGCUGAGCGUACACCCGCUGCUCUGCACGAUAUCAACGGCUCGCUCUACGGUGGUGGGUCGCUCAUCAGAUGCUGUUCAGAAUGGAUUUGUACUGCUAAUGGAUUUGUCCAUCCACCGUCUCUUUCUGGACAACUCUGCACCUGCCAUUGCCUCCUCUGCCGGGUUUAUUGCUCAGCUUGCACAUACCGGGAUCCGUGCUGCAGGUCCCUUGCUCCCUUAAGGAUGCUAUAAAUCAGCAGGAGCUUUGCUCGAGGAAAAAGGGACAUAUUGCUUCACGGUCAACGCCAAGUCCUCCUUCGUGAGGGAACCAGCUUUCUGGGAUAUGUAUAGCUGACUCAGCGCUCGAAUGCAAGACUGUGAGUCAGAUCAAGACCUUGAAAAUGAAUUGGUAAGAAUGAGGGAGCCAGAGAGGAAAAAUAUGAGCCAGUUUUUAACUUUUACUGAACUCAACCUUCAAAUAUUGCAAUGAAUGGAGGAACGAGGUCGGAGGAUAAAUCUAAUGGUGGUGUCAUCUGCAAAAAGGGGGAUUUGAUAAUCUGACGACAGAGAGUGCUGCUGCAACGGCUGGUGCUUGGAGUCAACAUGCAGAUGAUUGCACUCCUCCCUUUCCUUCCACCUUCUUUGCUCAGCACCUUUAUUUAACAUUUGUACCAUUUUAGUGAUCUUACAACGAGCUGGAAGUCAUCUGGAUGUAUUGGUGGAACUGGACUAAAGGACUGUCCUUUUUACCGGAUUCUGCAACCGCUGAGAUUUCUACCUCCGGAAUUCUAUUGGGUGUAUGCGCUUGUCUGUUUGUGAGUGUGUGUAUGUGUAUUAGUUAUGUGUGGAUGUGAUUUGUCUGCCUUGAUGUGUUCAUAACUAUUUCUGUGUUCUUUAGGUUGUGAUUUACUUUCCCAUUUUUUUUCCAAUGUCUGGCUUUGCUGGCCAGCGUUUCGCCUUGUGCAGUCCAUGUCUGCCGAGUGCCCGGCCGUGGGGUUAACCCUUACCGUGCCACAGGCGAGAUGAGUGACAGCUCUGGAACAGUGAACAACUCGGGGGCUAUGGUACUGGAGGAGCCCGAUGGAAGAGGUGGCUCCGGUGGACGUGAACAAGCCCAGGCCCCUGCUCGUGGUGGCAUUUUAAGGUGUGGGAGCUGUGCCCUUUGGCCCCGCCAACAGACUUGGCUCUGCGUGGUUCCGCUUCUCAUUGGCUUCAUAGGCCUAGGGCUCAGUCUGAUGCUGCUGAAAUGGAUCGUAGUGGGUUCUGUGCGGGACUACGUGCCUACUGACUUGGUGGAUGCCAAGGGAAUUGGCCAGGACCCCAUCUUUCUGUCCAAGCCUAGCACUUUUCCUAAGGGAUCUGACACCACCACCACCACAACCACUAUUGGAGGGGUCAGCUCAGCCAGCCCCAUUGUCACCACUGUGGUGCGGAGCAGGACUCGCACGGGAACUCCUCCGAACGUUCCCCCUAGGGGUGGUGGUGCAUCCGGCAGCCAGGUGACGCAGAAGAGCCCCUCUACACGCUUUGUCACACGUAAUCCCACCUUUACGACCACCGUGGCUUCUACCACAACGUCUACUGUCCAUACGUCCACCUCCAGCCCCUCUCCCUCCAACCCUGCCAUUCUAAACGACUCCACCCAAAUGUGGACCAGAGAGCAGUCAUCCACUGAGAGUCACGUGACCACGCCUGGUCGAACCCACGUCAGCCGCAAGACACCAUCACCAACUCUACCGCCUUUGAAAUCGGAGCAUUUCAAGCCAUGUCAGGAGAAAGACCUGGCCUAUUGCCUGAAUGAUGGGGAGUGCUUUGUCAUCGAGACCUUGAGCGGCCCACACAAACACUGCAGGUGUAAAGAGGGUUUCCAGGGCAUUCGCUGUGACCAGUUCCUGCCCAAGACUGAUUCCAUCCUGUCUGACCCAAUGGAUCACUUGGGCAUCGAGUUCAUGGAGAGCAAGGAGGUGUACAAAAGACAAGUGAUGUCUAUCACAUGUAUUGCCAUGGGGAUCAGCUUUCUAGGCACCCUCUGCAUAGCUCUCUACUGUCGGAACAAGAGAAGGAGGGAAAAGCUCCAGGCACACUUGAAAGAGAGCCGUAGCCAGAAAAACUACAACCUCAACUCUUCCAGCCUGGCCCUUAAACCCAGCCUUAGGCCUCAGCAAGGCCUGCAGCUCCAAAAAUAUUAUAAACCCACAAGUUCCUCGCCACCGCAUGUUCGAGAGUCUGGUUUCGUUCAAAGCACUGCUGCCUCUACCAGUCCACAAGGCACACUGACAGGGAAACACCCCAGGAGUGGUUCCCUCUCUCAUAGUCCAGAUCAAAGGAUUCGUUCUGCUUUUCGGCCUGCAUCUCGCAGAACACCACCCAUAACCAGAGGAUGUCUCAAUGCCAUUGGUGGAACGAGAGAUUCUGGUCCCGUCUACCAACAUCUCCAGGAAGUAGACAGCUCAGAGAGGGAGUCAGUGAGAAGGAACCUCUCCGGGCCAGGUAACGACCUACAUCAGGAUUCCUUUUACAAUAUGCAAGCCUCACAAUCCUCAAAAUCUUGCAGCAGCCAUUUAGACCACAGGUGUGCUAGGAGCCUCAGGUCGGGCGGUUCCAGCCAAAGUCCUCCUGCUCCCUACCGUCCCUGCUCUAUCCCAAUCAUCCCCUCUGUCCACUCCUACCAGGAUGAGGUAUCGUGUAUGCAAACCGCCCCUAGUGCUGGAAGCAACCGUUCUAGUCCUCUGGAAAGCACAGAGGAAGCUUCGGCCUUUGAUCAACAGUCUAACGUAACGGUCUCCAACCGAGGGGCUGGUAGACAGGAGGAAGUGGCCUCACUACUCCACGAGGCUCAGGAAGAGCUCAGAGUGCUAGCACAUGCCCAGAGGAAGCAGGAGGACAUCAGUAGCGCCGUCCCUCAGGGGGCCAAAGAGACUGUGUGCAUCCUUUUAGCAAAUGGGGGUGGACAAGGGGGAGUGGCUUCUUUUGGGCCCACGGAAACUCAGUUAGUGAGCCCCAGAGACACGCACAAAGAUGCCACAAAGCCUGGCCAAUGAGAAGGGGUUGACAGAACUAACCACAAAUGUGUGUCUUUGGGCUUCAGAAUAAUCCGCCAACAUUGGGAUACCACUGAAAGCUACGAUUGAAUUUCUGAGGACGUGCUGUGGGCGAUAGCGUGAGAGAGUGACAGUCUCGAACAUGUGAAAAGAUAAUUUAUUUAUAUGCAUUUAUUUAAGGAGAAACUUAGAAAAAUAAACCAAAUAGUCUGUCAUCUCCAUGGUGUUUUUAACUGUAUAAAAUAUACAUAAAUAUAUAUAAAUGGAUAUAAAUAUAUGAAUUCAAACUGGUGACCAAGUACAAAAAUGGAAUAUGGGAAUGAGAAACUUUCUUUUGAAGCAUAUUAGCCCCACAUCCUUAAAGACUCGAUGCUUGGUGGUUCAAAAGUUAUAAAAAAAGGAUUUUUUCCACUUGUUUCACUCAUUUCCAGUCAAGCUAAUCUUGUCCGACACACAAUCUUGUGUUUUGCACCUGCCACUGCAGCAGCUGUGUUUACUAUCACCGUCCCAGUCACUGUCCUCUACCCUGCCAAGGAAUAUGGCUCCAUCUGCCUUUGAAAACCGUGGAACGUGGAUUACAAUUGGAUUAAACUUCUAAACGCUAAUCGUAUCCAGGCAUGAGGUAACUGAUAGUUAAGCACUGCCUCCAAGACAUCGAUUGGAAGAAUUUGAUGUGUCCGUCCAUUUGUGGAACAAUCUGCGUUUUGUUUUCUGUGCCUCGGUGCGUUCACUCCUUCAUUUGGGUUCGGAUACAAGUAAAGAUAAGCUACUGGAACAGAGCACAUCGUACUACACACCACCCGAGAUGCACAAACAGACCGUUGGCACCUCUCUGGAUGGACUGAGGAGAUUCCUGCACAGGGAUAACAGAGAGCUGGCUUGGCCAACAAAAGGAGCUUUUGUGUUUUUUCUUUUCGUUCUUAUGAAAUUAUCUGCUGCUUUCUGGGAAGGUGGGUGGGAGCAGCAAGUCACUAUGAGUCUGUAUGCUACCUUUUAAAUUGGGACAUAAUAUUUCUGUGAAUUAACAACCAAAUGUGGUAUGAAAGAAAAAUUAACAAUGAAUCUUUCAUGAAGCUGUUUCUUUGUUUCCAAUGUUUUUUGUUUUGUUUUGUUUUGUUUCUUUCUGACCCCCUCACACAAUUGUGCAUGUUGAUGGUAUUGUUUUGCAGAACCAAACCAUGAUAGUUUUAAUGAUUUAUAGAAAAGCCCCACAAAGAAGAAACUGCAUUAUAAUUGACCUGCGUCUGCUGAUUUCAGCCCAAAUCCUGGCAUAAAAACACAUGAGUGGUCUGCUGAGUUUUAUAGAUCCCAUUUCUGAGAAAUGCUCAAUGGCUGCAUUAUAUUGAAUUGACUUUUUUAUGUGCUGUUGUUUCUCCUCAAGCAUUUAUUUAAGACCGCUACCUGGAGUUUGAUUUUAAGACCUUCUUUAAAGCAUGCUGCAUUUGUCCUCCAUCAGAGGUUGUGUCUACCGUGCCAGCCAUAACUCAAGGCAAAGGUGAAAUGAAACAUCUUCUGGUAAAAGAAAGCAAAGUAAAGGUUAGCCUGUGGCAGAAAGGAGCUGUAAGGGCAGACAGAUAAGACUCUCACUUUAUCUUAUAACACCUUCCCUGAGCAAAAGCACUGACCUCAUCAGUGAAUUGCAGUGGAGUGGCAUGUCUAUCAAGAUAAUCAAGCAUCAUCAAAAGUAAUGUGAAAGUAUUGCUGUAAGGGAAAGACAAGAUAGAUUUAGAUCUUAAAGCUCUACCGUUUCUUUAUAAAACAAAUGAAAUUUUAAUAAUAGAAAAUAUCACAGUGCAACUCUUAGUUGUCAGUGGGAUUUCAUUUAGGAGGCAUCAGUUUGAUAUGAGCUGUUGGUAGACUGUCUUUUUUUUGUAACAUAUUUUUAAAACCAAUUAAAAUGAGAUGUUUGUUAGUAUGAGCAUUCAUGAUUGUUUUUUUUUCUGUUUUCAAAUUCUGUGUAUGCUCAUUUUGUGCAUUUCAUUUUACUGGCAUACAGUCGAUAUCCAGAAAUGCCACACAUGCAACAAAGAUUAUACCACAUUGCUAAGUGAUCUAUAAAACGACAGACUAAUUCAUAUGCAGGUCAUAGCAGCAGAUAUAUGAACUGUCCAUCUGUUACAGCUCUUAAUGUUCAUUUUCAGUUGAAAUGAUGUGAGAAAGUUUCAUUUGAGUUGGACCAUAUUUUUGUACACUAGUGCUAAAGUGUAUUAAAUUAUGUUUUUGCACAGUAAUUACAAUGUAUGGUAAUUUAUGCUGUCAGGAUUCCAGAAUGUAAGGUAUGUGACUUGAAUUCAUCACAGAAGACAGUAUAUUGCAAGACAUGUUUGCAAGACAGAAUGCGCAAGCUGCAACUGUGCAAGGUGUAACAAGUGUGCAACGGAAACGUCAUGGUUCUGUAUAACAGCCCCUUGAUGUACUUUACUGUGCAAUUUCAAAAUCGAGAAAUGAAAUUUCAGUUCAUUCUUGUAUGUGAAAAACUGUAUU